AAUAGUAGGAGACGGCAUUGAGCGAUCAAGCCAAACUUUUGAAGCAUCUCCUCAGAUUACCUUAUAAAUCGUUAAGUGUUCCUCAGCUCUCAUCUCACCUUCUCAGAAAAAACCCUGAAAAGGAGAAAUUUUUUGAGAUAAUUUGGUGUUUUUGUUCUGAAGUUCACUCCCAAUCCCAAUCCCAAUUCCAAGUUUUGGAUUCUUAAAUCAUUUGAUUGAGACAUUUCUGUGGAUUCAUUGGUAGCUUGAUAGAUCGAGUGGAGCACUAAUCGUCGAGCUCUGUUUCAUUGGAUUUCGUGAUCUCUGAAUUGAGUUCUAUUGUUUAGAAUGAAUGGAAUGCCGCGUAGAAAUUGAUGUUUAGUCCCAGAGUAUUAAUUGUUUGUCAUGAAGAUAUUCAUCUUCAACUGCAUUCCUAGGUGUUUGGGAAUGUUAUGAUAGAUUUGGCUUCUCGUGGCUGGAGAGAUGGAAGAACCCUUUAACUUUCGGGCAGACUCUAUACACUCUGGUUCCAUAUCAUUUGGAAGGUUUGAAACUGAACCCUUGUCUUGGGAAAGGUGGUCAUCCUUCUCACAUAACAGAUAUCUUGAAGAGGCUGGGAAAUACUCAACACCAGGUUCAGUUACUAAAAAGAAAGCAUAUUUCGAAGCUCAUUUUAAGAAAAAGGCUCUUCUCCAUCAGAUUUAUACUGAGAACCAGAAUAGUGUGGAGUACCAAAUUACUGAAAAUGACAUCCUGGAUCAUAUGAAUUACAUGGAAGAAUUUGAGCAUGAUGAUGUAGGAAUCCAUUUUAUUCACUAUGAUGCGAGCCCCCAUGGUUUGUCUUCUAAAUUUGACAUAAAUGUCACACCCACUUUUACUAAUGAUUAUCCAGUGUUCGAUGGUGACCAGCAGGAUUAUGCAAAGGCUCUCACCAAUGAUAAUGCGGUGUUGGAUGGUGAUCUUCAAGUUGAUGCACUUCUUCUCACCAAUGAUGAUACAGUGUUGAAUGGUGAUCUUCAAGAUGAUGCAUCCACUCUCACUUAUGAUGAUGAAGUGUUAGAUGGUGGUCAACAUGAUGUAGAGCCUGCUGAAAUGCACCAUACUCUCAACACACUACCAUUAGUUAAGGAUGAACCAGAAGUAGAAUUAAAAGAUAAACAUGUUGAUGAAACGAAAAAUGUGGAGACCUUAACAAGAACCAGUCCAGCCCCAAAGAGACGUGUGGCUUUGAAAGAUGAUAGUCCAAGCUUGAAGAAUUCCCAGAGACAAACUCUAAAGGUAAAGGCCACAACCAAAACUAAAACAGCCAAAACGAAAUUGAUGGCUCGGGUUCCGAGAAAUAUUUCAAUUGAAGCACCUAAGAAAUCCACAAAGAAUCCAAGAAGGGAGAUAGAGAGUCUACUGAGGACUAAAACAGAUAAGACAUCAGUACCAAAGGCUUUGCAAACAGCCUGUUCUUUGGCAAGAACUUCAAAACCAGAGGAUCCAGAAAAUUUGAUGGAAAAACUCAGGAAAGAUAAUAGAAGUGAAAAAGAUCUGAAGGUAAAGAAGGCAGGUACUAAGUCUCAACACUCUACCCUAGAGAAAAGUGAACCCAAAGCAAGCCAAUCUGCAGACAGGCCUAGGAGAACAGUUAAUUCAACGAAUUCAGAUGUGAAGUCAGCCUCUGUGAUCUUCCAUUUCAAGAGAGAUGAAAGAGCAGUAAAGAGAGAAGAGUUCCAUAUGAAGUUAGAGGAAAAAAUGCAUGCCAAAGAGGCUGAGAUAAACCAGAUCCAAGCAAUUACACAGGAAGAGGUGGAUGCUGAGGUUAAACAACUUCGCAAAAGCUUAAACUUCAAGGCUACACCUAUGCCUUCUUUUUAUCACGAAGCUGCACCACGAGGCUUAGAUGGCAAAAAGGUCGUAUCAGGUCAUGUGAAAUCAACAAAAUCGCAAAGCAAGUCGCCAAGUCCUGGGUGCAGAGUUGCAGGUAGACCGCCACCAUCUCCAAAAGCAGGAAGUCAGCAAGGUCUUUAUGCCGGUGAAUCUGAAAAUGCAGCUGCUCGGCCACAAGCGUUAGAAGAAACUGAUUGUCUACCAACAAUGGUCUCCGAAGUGAGUGAAAGCACUCCUAGUGCAUCAACCAACAAAAACUGCACCUCAAAGGUCUUAAAGAGAAGUGAUUCAAUGGGGAAGAAAAAUAUAGAAAAGGGUAAGAAUUGUAAACAGCGAGGAUCAUGGGGUAGUAAGUUGAAGGAAGAGAGUAUUGAGGGGAGACGGGUAGUUGGAGCUGUUGGAAGGAGUAGCGGUGAACUGGUGGGGAAGGCGAUGAAGAGAGUUGGCAGCAAAGGUGUUGGUGGAGGUUCUGGAAUGGAUCAUCUAGCAGUUGGCGUUGCUUCCUAAACGAAUCGCUUGCUGGCAUUUAUAGUGCUCUUGUUGCAUUUGUAUUGUUCUCCAUUUUAUUGUACAUGCAGUUGGACAAUAAAAAAGGGUUGCUCUAUUUCUGGAUUA